AUGUACAGCCUGGAGAAACGAUGCCUAUCACAGGGGGAGCUGUCCAAUCAAAGUGCUGCCGAUAGCAUAUCGCGCGAUGCACUCACGGUUGGAUGCCAUGAGGCAUACGAUGGCCUUGUUGUAUAUUGCAUUUGUCAAGGUGAUCACUGUAACAAAUCACCAAUUACACUGCAGUUACAGGACGAUCCAAAAUAUACUACGAGUGAUCACGACUCAGAAUUGGUGGCGUUGAACCCAGGUAUUUCAUUGCAAAAUAUGCUCGGUGAAUCUGACGGUGACGAUGGGAUGACUGCAAGCUCCAGUGUUGCGUCUAAAUGGCAACAGAAUUCCUGGCCAAACGCAAGGGCAACCGCAAAUCUGUCAAAUGCAUCAGCUAGCAGUGGUGAAGUAUUAUCAGGAACACAAAACCAGCAAACUCAACGCAUGAACUCAUUAAGUGUUCCUGUUGAACAUUUCAGACGAAAGGAUCCCGAACAACGACAACUUGAGGCACUACCUAAGCAACAAAAAGAGCAGCAACAAUCGUCAAGACGUCAGGAAAAUAACUGGUUAAGUACUGACGCUAACGAAGAUAAUGAUGAACUGCUAUCAUUGUCAUCAAGCGCCAGUUCAACUCGUCCGAUCCAUCAAACUAGUGUCAUCACUUAUUGCAUAUUCCUUCGCUCUCGUACAAGUCGUUAUCUGGAAAUUACGAAUAUUGGAAGUUUAAAUCGUUGUGCCGUGGCUUUGAAGUUUAUACAGCUCGAAAAUCGUGAAUCAUGCGAUAAGGUGAAGUAUGAACUUGAGGGGUUGAAAAGGUUUGCGCCAUUUUGUCUGUACAAUGGAUCGGCUGCGAAACGAUUUCCAAGAACGUUUCGCAUAUCAGAAGAUGUUAUACGAGCGAGUGGCGAAAGAACGACGGGAACUGUUCAAGGUCAGUUGAUAAUUUUGCUGGUACUAACUUCGAGACGCCUUGUCGCAACAACAGUCGGCGACAAGAUUCGACGUCAUGCAGCUCACGCAGCCAUGGAACGACAAGGUCGGUUCCCACUCUUCAGACCACGUUUGUUUGCGUUUCUGGAUUUCGAUCCAAGAUCGCGAAAUAUCUUCUCCAAAGCUUUAUCACCUCAGUGA